UUCUCGUUGAUUCUCAGGAGGGUCUGGCACACCGGAAUGCUCCAUAAAACUUAGCUGUUGUUAUCUUUAGUUUGAGGACGGCGCUCACGGUUGCUUUUCCUUCUCAGCUCUACUCGAUACCUCCCAGUGCCCGAGAAAAGACCAGGACCCCCAAUAUGGCUCCUGUCCUGUCAGAAAAGCUACAGGAUGCAUUAACACGUGAGGAUGUGGCUGUACGUUUCUCCCGGGAAGAGUGGGACUGUCUGAAUCCUGCCCAGAAGGAGCUCUAUAGAGACGUGACGCCGGAGGAUCACCGGAACUGCCUCUGGCUGGGGUUUCCAAUCUCCAAAAUUGCUCUGACCUCUAAGCUGGAAGGAGGAGAAGAACCCAGGGCCGUGUUGCCUCCCCACAGAGCCAAGUAUGAAGAGUUCCCGAUACCUGUCGACACGGGUGAGUGAGGGGGAUCUGAAGGAUGCCGCCACAGAGAAAGGAAGACCCACCUAGGAAGGAGCUGGUGGCUGCUUUGAAA